AUGGCACGGGUGAGGGAUGGGACAGGUCCUGGUGCCCAGGUGAGCACACCUGCCCAUGCUUCAUGUGUUCCAGGUGCGCCACCAGGUGAAGCUGUGCCACGCACAGGUGAGACCCUGAUACCCUCAGGUGAGCCCGAGGAGGGCCAGGUGCGCCUGGCCGGGGGCCCGCACAGGUGCGCGGGGCGCGUCGAGGUGUUCCACGCGGGCAGGUGGGGCACGGUGUGCGACGACGCCUGGGACCUGGCGGACGCGCAGGUGAGCUGCCGCCAGGUGCGCUGCGGCCCCGCCCUGGCCCUGGCGGGCUCAGGUGAGUUCGGGCCAGGUGAGGGCCCCAUCUGGCUCGAUGACGUCACCUGCACGGGGGAAGAGGCGGCGCUGGAGCUUUGCCCCGCCCACACCUGGGGAGAGCACAACUGUCACCAUGGGGAGGACGCAGGUGUGGUGUGCGCAGGUGCCGAUCCCUCACAGCACCCCCAGGUGAAUCCCCAGGUGCAGCCCCAGGUGCAGCCCCAGGUUUAUUCCGAGGUGAUCACUCAGGUGCAUCCCCAGGUGCGCUCACACCUGGACGCUCAGGUGCAGCCUCAGGUGGAUCCUCAGGUGAAUGCCCAGGUGGACACUCAGGAGCGGUUGAAGGUGCGGCUGGUGAACGGCUCCUCCAGGUGCGUGGGCAGGGUGGAGGUGCUGCACAAGCACAGGUGGGGCUCGGUCUGCGACGACACCUGGGACCUAGCGGAUGCACAGGUGAUCUGCCGCUCCCUGGGCUGCGGCCCCGCCCUGGCCGCACCUGGCCACGCCCGCUUCGGGCAGGGCCCGGACCCGAUCUGGCUGGACGGGACGCACUGCAGAGGUGAGGAGCUCACCUUGGCCCAGUGCCAGCUGCACACCUGGGGGGAGCACAACUGCGGCCACAGCGAGGACGCCGGCGCGGUGUGCUCAGGUGCCAACCCCCCCCAGGUGCGGCUGCGGGACGGCCCCGGGCCCUGCGCGGGGCAGGUGCAGGUGCAGCUGAACCACACCUGGCUGCAGGUGUGCGGCCUCACCUGGGGGCUGCCCGAGGCGCAGGUGCUGUGCAGGCAGCUGGGCUGCGGCCCCGCCCUCAGCGCACCUGUGGGGCCGCACCUGCCGGGGGAGCCGCACCUGGCCGGGCUCACCUGCCAGGGCUCCGAGGAUUUCCUGCUCGAGUGCCGCGGGCUCCAGACAGGUACCUGUGCCACAGGUGUGGCCAUCGUGGCCUGCGCCGAGCUGCCAGCCCUGCCCGACUCCUGCGCGCUGCUGGAGGUGCUGCUGGGGGUGGGGGCGGGGCUCAGCGGGGCCCUGCUGGGCCUUUACCUGUGGGCCAGGUGCGCCCCCCCCCGCCCGGGCCGGCGCCGCGCAGGUACGGCCGGGACCCCCAGAAACCCCAAAAACCCCCCAAACCCACAGGUGACCCCAAAACUCCCCCUAAAAUCCCCUCAGGUGACCCCAAAACCGCUCAGGUGACCCCAAAGCUCCCCCUAAAAUCCCCUCAGGUGACUCCAGAACAACUCAGGUGACCCCAAAAGCCCCCAGG